AUGAAGGUCUGGAGCGUGUUAUACGUCGCAGCAGCGUUGCUUUCGCCUCUGCUGGAGGAAUGCAACGCCUCAGCUGCAGCGCACCGUCACCACCACGCAUCGAGAUACCGCUACACCAUUGAAGGCACGAAGGCAGGAAUGGACGCAGCGCUGCGGACAGCACGCGGCCACCUCGAUAUCCGCAGUAUCAAAGCAAUUCAAGACACCGACCAGCCAGUCACUGCGGAUACGCAAGUGAGGGCGGACGUCGUGGGCUCCGACAAGGACGUAGAGGCCUUUGCGGCCGCUGGGGAGCUCCACUCGACCACUGACAUCCACAUGGGCAAGCACAUCCGGGGCAAAGUGUCGACGGCGUCGUCCCCGUUGAAGGUUCUUAAGCACAAAGAGUACAACGAGGCUCAAGUCGUGGCGAAGGACAGAGGGGAGGUCACGGCGUGUCUGGAGCGCACGGAGGGGUAUCUGGACGCGUUGAAAGAGACGGACAAUGGAUCGAGUAGUGGAGUGGUGUACACUGAGAGCCCGUUCUUCGAGUGCUUUAGACCGUCGCACGAGGUUUUUGAUUUCCUCGACACGCUGACGGAGCAGAACCCGCAGUUUAUUACCAAGUACGAGAUCGUCUCGGUGACGUACGAGGGCCAGUCGAUCCCGGCUUUCAAGAUCUCGACCAACUCAGGGGAGACCAGCGAGAAGAAGGUGCUGUACACGCAGGCGCUUAUCCACGCUCGCGAGUGGCAGGCGGGAGCUGCUACGUUCUACACGAUGGCGUCCAUGCUGGACGGUCUUCGAGCUGGAGACGAAGCCGUAACGAGUUUGUUCAACAAGGUCGACUGGUAUUUCGUGCCGAUCGUGAAUAUUGACGGGUACCAGUACACGUGGGAAGUCGAUCGGAUGUGGCGGACCAACCGCCACAUUACCAAGGUGAACGGUAGAGAUGCUGGCGUGGACUUGAACCGGAACUGGCCACCGAAGGAGUAUUUCAACCUUGACCCCAGUGACGUGGACGAAGAGACGUACCCUGGUGAAUACCCACUCAGUGAGCCCUCUACAGCGGGGCUGUUUAACUUCAUUACGAGUCUAGAGUCGCUGAGUGGCCUCGUGGACAUGCAUACGUUCGGCGGGCAGGUGCUGCGUCCAUUCAGCAAUCAACCAGGAGAGGGUGCUGAGCCGUUCGGUUCAAGAAUGCGAGCGCUGGGGGAUAGCGUACGUAAGGCGCUAUCGACUAAGCCUGAAGUGCAGUACCAAAGCGAGACGGGGGCGUACCUCUACAAGGCCUACGGGUGCUUCGACGACGGCAUGUUCCUGCAGUUCAACUUGACGGUGCCGGCGUUGACGAUUGAGGUCGAGGGUGACGACUUUGUAUCGCCUCAAAGUAGUAUCCGCCCCGUGGGUGCGAACAUGUACCUGGGUCUGCGUCAAUUUGCACACGAGGCGCUGGAGUACAGCAAAUUCGUCGAGGAAAUGUAUGCCGACGACAGCGAUAGCUACAGCGACGAGGAAUAA